AUGUGGGACCACAUUGUCAGAGAGACUCCAGACUGACGCCUCUGCGCUCCUGAGGACUGAUCACUGCAACCCUUUUUGCGAACCAACAACAACAGAGGAUCAUUAUUUUCCACUUUUCUGAGGAUUAUUUAUAUUUUUCAGCACAUUUUUCCAACAGAAGACUUUAAAAAUGGAUAUGUACAUUUUGUUUUCCGUCUUGUCAGUGAUGUACUCUUGUAUUUUACGCACAGCUCUAUCUGCGCCUUCUGGAAACGCACCAACUGAUUCCACCGUCACCCAAGAGCGCCAUGUGAGGACUAAACGCUGCUCCUGCGCCACUUUCCUGGACAAGGAGUGCGUCUAUUUCUGCCACCUGGACAUCAUAUGGGUCAACACACCUGAACGCGUGGUUUCGUACGGACUGGGAAACGCACCCAGGACGAAGCGCGCAGUCCGGGGCUCCAUGGCAACCGGAGAUGGACGUCGCUGCAAGUGCGCCCGUGAAAACGAUAUCACAUGUAGGAACUUCUGCCAGCUGGAAAACCACCUCGGGUAUGAGACAUCGACAGACACGGUGAUCCACUCUGCCCACGGCGAUGCUUGUACCGAGGCUCAGUGCAAACACAAGCUGGCAGUCGACACGGGCAAGAUUAAGAGAAACAGAAAACAGGUGUCGCCUGUGGCGCUCAGGGCGGUGGUGAAAACCCGCCUGCUGCUUGAGAAGUGGAGGGUGAGACAGCGCCACAGGGCCAGAGCAUGGGAGGGCGAGAGCACAGCCUCCUAAAGACGACACAGCGCCUCCACACCCUGUCACUCAGAGGAGGAAAAAGGCUUUAGAAUCACGGGCCCUUCUCUAAAGUCAUCUUCUGUGGGGAGCCCGGGGCCACAGCCCCCCAGGAUGGCACUGGAGACUCCACAUAAAGCUGGAGAACCGUCUCCUCGUCGGUGCCGUGAAGCGUCUGCAGCAGAGCAGAGCACAUUUACUACUCUACAUGGUUGCACUUCAGAGGAAUGAGACAAUCCAAGGAGUUCAGGUGAACACAGAUAAGCUGAACGGAGGACUUGGCCUUGCAGAGUCAGAGGCAGACAUUGACCUGCCCCGGGGUCAUGGACAGACUCACCUACAGACACAGUCACACUUUGAAAGACACCAUUUCACAUUUCACUAACUUGACUUUACCUGGAGAAUCGAACGUCCCUGUUGCAGACAGCAAACCUCUUCCAUUUGGACAAACCAGUCAUGAUGUUCUAGCAGAUGCAGAACAGACUGUUGUGCUUUAACAGGGUGGAUUAUGUGCCUUGUGUCGUUUCUCUACAUGAGACAUUUUUCACCGACUGAAACUCCACUGCAUUUAUGUCACAGGUUGCUGUUGUUAUUGUAGCUAUGCAGUACUGUAACUCCUGCAAGGUUUUCUUGCAGAUGUUAUCACAUUUUUUCCACUGAUCUUAAUUUAAAUUGUCACUAUUUUCUGUGUUGUAUUAUUUAUUCAUUUCAUACAUUGCAUUUUUACGGCCACAUUGGUCUUGAAUAUGUUUGGUUUCUCAUUUCUGUGAAAUGUAUUAUCACCAAAAUACCAAGAUAUGGUCAAACUUAAUAAAUUUUUACACUUUUAUUUAAA